GCAGCCGCAGCCCUCUCCCCGCCCGUCGCCGGCGAGACGACUCCCUCGUCGUUCCGGUGUUCCUCCCGCGGCAUCGCGUCCCCGCUACCCCCACCCCGCCCGCCAUCUUUGGCCGCUGGGUUUGAGGAGUGAGGUUGCUUGCAUCGAGCCAUUAGUUCAGGGCGCGCCGGCUCGCCCCCGCGGGGAAGCGAGCGGGAGGAGCCGCCGUGUGGAGGAACGGGGGAGGCGAGCGAGCGUCAAUGGACGAGGAGGAGGAGGAGCAGCAGCAGCAGGAGGAGGAUGUGGCCGAGACGGGGAUCGACUCCCAGGUCCUUAUGGCUUGUGUAAUGCAAGGGCGUAGGGUUGGAGUGUCAUACUAUGAUUCAAAUACGCGCCAGCUUUUUGUGUUGGAAAUCUGGGAAGAUAGCGCUGGGGGAUUCCCUCUGAUUGAUCUUGUGAAAUGUCAAGCAAAACCGAGCACCAUAUAUGCAAGUACAAAGACGGAAGAGGAACUUCUAUCAGCUUUACAGAGAAAUGAUAGUAAUGAUGACCCCCCUGUUGUGAAGCUCGUGAAAAGCUCAACAUUCACCUAUGAGCAAGCCUGGCACAGAUUAAUAUACUUGAAAGUUGCAGCAAUGGAUGAUGGAUUAAGUGUAAAAGAGAGGAUUUGCUUUCUUAAUUCCAUGAUGGAUCUUGGAAGUGAUGUUCAAGUUCGUGCUGCUGGAGGUCUUCUUGCUAUAUUAGAUAACGAGAGGCUUCUUGAUACCCUUGAGCAAAUGGAAGGAGGAGCAUCCAUUGCGAUUGAUUCUGUGGCACAGAUCUCAUUAGACAGAUUUUUGAAACUUGAUGCAGCUGCUCAUGAGGCACUACAGAUUUUUCAAGUAGAUAAGCACCCCAGUUACAUGGGAAUAGGAAGAGCUAAAGAAGGGUUUUCAGUCUUUGGUAUCCUCAAUAAGUGUGUGACACCUAUGGGAAGACGUCUCUUGAGAGCAUGGUUCUUGCGUCCCAUAAUUGACAUCGAGGUCAUAAAUAAUCGCCUGAACACAAUAUCGUUCUUCCUUUGCUGUGAAGAAGUAAUGUCUGCACUGCGUGAGACUUUGAAGUCUGUGAGAGAUGUUCCUCACAUGCUCAAGAAAUUCAACUCUCCAAGUUCCAGCUGUACAAGCAAUGAUUGGCACACAUUUCUGAAGUGCAUUUGCUCUUUGCUUCAUAUAAACAAGAUUUUCGAGGUGGGAAUAUCAGAGCAUCUGGCAAAUAAGUUGCAACAUAUGAGCAUUGACUUGCUUGAAAAGGCAAAUUCUUCAAUUACAGCAGAGCUGGAUUAUGUAUCUAAUCUGGUGGUUGGUGUCAUUGACGUACAACGGAGUAAGGAAAAAGGCUAUGAAACAUUGGUGAAAGAAAAUUUAUGUGAUGAGUUGGAUGAACUGAGGAUGGUGUAUGAAGGAUUACCUGACUUUCUGGAGCAGGUUUCAGCUAAUGAGAAUGCCUCCUUCCCUUUCUCGCUCGAAUGCAGAAAAGCUCCGCUAAUUGUCUAUGUACACCAAAUAGGAUACUUGAUGUGUUUUUUCGAUGAGAAGAUAAGUGAUGCCUUGUUAAUAGGACUUCAAGAUUUUGAAUUUGCGUUUUCAGAGGAUGGGGAGGAGAGAAGGUUCUACUACCAUACUCAAAAGACAAGAGAGCUGGACAACCUUCUGGGAGAUAUUUAUCAUAAAAUUCUUGACAUGGAAAGAGCAAUCAUAAGGGAUCUAGUAUGCCGUGUUCUUCAGUUUCUACCUCAACUGACAAAAGCAGUGAACUUUGCAGCAGAACUUGAUUGUACUUUAUCAUUGGCAAUUGUUGCGCGCCAAAACAAUUAUGUGAGGCCAAUCUUAACUGAGGAUUCCAUACUUGAGAUACAGAAUGGAAGACAUGCUUUGCAGGAAAUGACCGUUGACACGUUUGUUCCAAAUGAUACUAGAAUCCGCAGUGCAGGAAGAAUAAACAUAGUAACUGGACCUAACUAUUCAGGGAAAAGCAUUUACAUUAAGCAGGUUGCAUUGGUGGUUUUUCUUGCUCAUAUUGGAAGCUUUGUUCCUGCUGAUUCUGCUGUUGUUGGAUUGACAGAUAGGAUAUUCUGUGCAAUGGGAAGCAAAUCAAUGACAACUGAGCAGUCAACAUUUAUGAUUGAUUUACAUCAAGUUGGAACAAUGCUCAGGCAUGCAACAUCGAGAUCACUGUGCUUAUUGGAUGAAUUCGGUAAGGGUACUCUAACAGAAGAUGGUAUUGGUUUGCUUGGAGGGACCAUCAGUCAUUUUGCAAAUUAUGAUUAUCCUCCAAAGGUCCUUUUGUCAACACAUCUGACGGAGAUCUUCACCGAAAACUACUUACCACAGUCUGAACAUAUAAAAUGCUGUACCAUGAGUGUUCUGAAUCCUGAUGGACAGACAAGCAAUGAAGAUAUCAUAUUCCUUUACAGACUUAUACCUGGACAGGCACUCUUGAGCUUUGGACUUCAUUGUGCACAGCUUGCUGGUGUCCCCAGUGAAGUUAUUCAAAGAGCUGCUAGUGUUCUGGAGGACAUCCAUUCCAAGAGACCUGUAAGGCGCAUGAUCUGCGAUAAUUUGGCAGCAAAGGACAAACAAUACGAGGAUGCAAUGGCAAAAUUGUUGGCCUUCGAUCCGCGCAAAGGUGAUCUGAACCACUUCUUCGAGGACGUAUUUCCGCCUGAGGCAUAGAUUGGGCUGCGUUGGAGUUACAAGAAUGGCUGAAUUUCCGAACCAGCAGAGCGUUGUACGUGAAUGAAAAUUGAAUGCUGUUGGCCUCAAAUACUUCACUCCACGUAUUGCAUCGUUACAGUUGUACGUAUAUUUUUGCUUCCCCAGCAUAUUCAAACGAGGAAUCGGUUUUGACCAUCCAGUCAUUAGUUUUGCUGAGCCGAUUCGGCCUGAUUAGUGUUGUCACAUAUGUGAAGUGCUCGUCUGCACAUGGCGGCAGCUGCACUGGACUAUCCACGGAUUUGUCAGCGUCAAGAUUCAAUCCCCUGGAAACGUUACUUAGUGUAUACUCGUAGUUUUUCUUUACAGGUACUCCGGGCGUGUUUGGCAUCUGUACUUCUGUAGUAGCCGGGGCUGACCCAUGGAGCCUAUGUAAACAAGUCCUGGCUUAGGUAAAACAGGUAGAAAACAAACAUUUGCAUUUA